AUGCCUAUUACAUAUUUUAUUUAUAUAAAGCGAAUAAUAUUAGAUGAAGGUGUAGCAAAAUUGAAAAAUCGUAUAGAUUUACUUGAAAUUCAUAUGGAAGAUAAAAUUAACGUUGAUUGA